AAAUGCAGCAAUAAAAAAGAUCGGCUUUUGGUACCAUUUUCUCAUUCUCUCCAAAGGCUUUGCAUAUAAUACAGACCUCCUCAGCUGCCUUUAUGGUUCCUACAGAGAGCCAAAAGACAAAUUAUUCUUUUGUUACGUGAAGAAACCCCCAAAACAUCUCUUCUUGGGUCUGCAGAACUUCCCUACUGCAUUUUCCUUUCAUAAUCCAUAGAAAGUGUGGCUAAUGGCUAACUGUUAGGACGUUGGGUCCCUUCCCAUCUUCCUCCUCUUUUUAUCCUUCUUUUUUGUUUCUUUUGGCUUUGGCAGAAGAUAUUGUUUUUUGCCUUGCUCUGUGAAACCCGAGAAACAAUUAUCUUUCUCCUCAGUUGUAGAGUAAUGAUGAGAGGUUCUUUGUUUCUUCCCUUCUGUCUUUAAAUCUUCUUCCUCGUUAGCUUCUGCUACUCAAAAGAAUUCCCUGAAAACCCAGGAAGAGAGGACUCCAGAAUAACUAUAACCUCUACUCUUGCUUAGAGAAACCUAUAACUACAGUCUAUGUUCUCUCAAAGUUGUAACUAGCCAGAGAAGUGGAAAACAAUUGGUGGAGCGACCACCAUUAAACAUUCAAUUCAGAAUUUAUGUUAAAAUCUUCUAAGAUUCUAAUGAGCUCAUCUUUGGUUUCUUCUGCAUUUUCGAAGGUUAUGGAAUGUUGAAACUUCUGAUGGAGAGUUAGAAUUUGAUGCUAAAUAAGUUUGUUUUACAGGAGUCUUCUCUGUUUUCGUUCUCUACAUUGAAGAGAGAUGUCUGCAAAAUUCAUCCAUACUUUAUCAGAUGAAAACCCAAAUCUGCAGAAGCAGAUUGGAUGUAUGAAUGGAAUUUUUCAACUCUUUGACCGCCACCAUUUCCUUGGUGGUGGCCGCCGCAUCACUGGCCAAAACCAGAAGAGACUUCCGGCAGGUCAAAAUGGCAACAAUAGUAUAGAGCCCAAGAGUACUUCUCAGAAGACCACAGAAAAAGACCACAAGAAGGCCAUCAAAGAGAAACUGAGAGUCCCCACAGAAUCAUCCAGAACCUCAUUUUCAUCUUCCUCCUGCUCUUCUAGUUUGUCAUCUUUAGAAUGCAAUAGAGCAUCUCCGCUGGAACCAUGCUUACUCAAUCAAACCGUUGUUCCUGAAACCCAUGCUCAAGACUUGCCUUCACCCAUACACCAACCAAACACUUCUUUUCAGUCAAGCCAGCAAUCCCCUGAUCUCAGAGAUGCUGUCAAAGACUCCAUCAACAGAGAAGCCCGUGGCUUAUCAGUCAAAACUGCAACCAAAGGGGAAUCUGGGGGCCAAACCUUGAAGUACUUUGAUUCCCCAAGACCUCUGCAGCAGCCUAAAUCUGCCAAGAACAAAGUUACAGGUUUGAAGGAAUCAUUUCAAGUUGUUCAUAAGCUUCAGGAAGCACCUCGCAAAUCCAGUGAAGGGAAGCAUGUUUCAUUGACUUCUGGACUGAAGGAUGCUCGACGGCUUUCUUGUGAUGGAAGGGAAUCAAGAGACAUAAACAAAUCUACCAUAAAGCUUAAGGAGCUCCCAAGGCUAUCAUUGGACAGCAGAGCAGGUUCCAUGAGGGGUCCCUCCACGGAAAUGAAAUCAAAUGAUCCUCUAAGAGAUUUGGAGAGGGGGAAUAGGAACUUCAACAAUUUCUUAAACCAACAAGAACCUGAAAGCCAUACACGACUGUCUAAUGUUGUGGCCAAGUUGAUGGGAUUGGAAGCUUUCCCAGGUUCCAUGUCAACCAAUGAGAAUCAGAGAAGACAGAUCAAAACACACCCACACGUUGAAAAGAAUCCCUUCCUUGCAUCGUCAAGAAACACCGAUGAGAGCAAGCAAAAUCGAAUUCCUGGCUCCCGAAGAAAUGUUCACAAGGAACCUAUCUCGCCCUGGCUGAGAAAUGUUGACUCAGUUAAGAAGCCUAUCACAAAUUCAAAGUUUCCAAUAGAACCAGCACCACGGAGGCAGCCAGAUGGAAGCAGAGGUUCUGAAACACUAGACUUGAAAAGUAGGAUACCUCCAAAAGCCCAAAACACCUCUCUCUCUGUUUAUGGUGAAAUAGAGAAAAAUUUGGCACAACUUGAGUUCAAAAGGUCUGGAAAGGAUCUCAGGGCUCUUAAACAAAUACUUGAAGCAAUACAGAAGACAAAAGAGAGAUUAGAGACCAGAAAUGAAAGUAUAAAGUUAGGAACUCAGCCAAGCAGUAACAACAUUCUUCACCAGAAUUCACAGUUAUCAAAUCUGGACAACCUCCAGAGUGCUAGCCCCAUUUCCACCCCUACCAGGAGGACCAGUUCACCAAAGAGUUCUAAAUCCCCAAUCGUGAUUAUCAAACCUACUAAACUCAUCAAAGCCACUAAUCCUGCUUCCUCAGUAAACCCAACAUCAAGUUUUUCAGUUCUGCACAGGAUCCAGACUGCUGACUCUGCAGAUGGCAGAAAGGAAUCAUUUUACAAACAAAAUGCUAAAGAUCCAACUCCUAGAGCCAACCAUGUUGGGGACCGAUCCAGUCUACCCACUUGUCCGAUGGAUAAAAAUACUGUAGCCAGAUUGACAAGGCUGUCACAAACUUCAAAGGAGCCUCAGUCUGCUAUUAGAGAGAGUAAUAACUCAGGUAAGAGCUUGGGAGCCUUGAACCUAAGACAGCAACGGAAAAAGAUUGGGUUGGAGAAGCAAACUCGUCCCACAACACAAUUAUCAGACCCAAUCAAGACCCAGAAGCAGUCCAGUAGACAGAUCACAGAAUCAACUUCCUCAUGCAGAAAAUCAAAACCAAAAUCUGCAAAUUUGCAGCCAAGCGAUGAUGAACUGAGUGAUAGCAGUAGCGUUGUGAGGGAUAUGAGCCACCAAGGGGACACAAUUUCUCAGCAAUCCGAGAGCACUAUUAGCUUGGCCUCACAGGUUGAUGAAGAAGUCACAAGCACUAAUAAAUCUAAUAAGAUCAAUAACAACUUUAUCCAGCCAGCACACCAGAGACAAAAAAAAACAGUAGCAAGAUCAAUGAAAGAUAGAUCAAUUGCAGAACCAGCAGUAGUUUCCUCGGCACAACCAAGUCCUGUGUCUGUUCUUGAUGCAACAUUCUACAAUGAUGACUUGCCAUCUCCCAUUAAGAAGAAACCAGUUGCCUUCAAAGAAGAUGAGAUUGAGUGGAAUCCCACGGACCUAAAUCACUCUUCCAGUAGCACAAAUGAUAUUCUCCAUUCUGUGAUCAAUCAUAAGAAAUCGGACAACAUCCAUCUCUUAAUUCACGAUCUUACACUGAUGUUAUCUGCUCAGGAGGUACCCUUCAUUGAUGAAAUUACACCUCACUACAACAGGACAAACCCAGACCAUCAAUACAUUUUAGAAAUCCUAUUGUCAUCAGGUCUCCUGAAAGAUUUUGAAUCUGGUUUUACAAUCAUUCACCUCCAUGAAACAGGCUACCCAGUCGACCCCGAUUUAUUCCUAGCCUUGGAAAAAGCUAAGGCAGGCACCACAAAUUCAAAUGAUAAAGAGAGGGGAGCAAAUGCUUCCCAGUCAGAACAUCAUAUCAAAAUCCAAAGAAAACUUGUAUUUGAUGUUGUGAAUGAAAUCCUAGCUCACAAAUUACGUCUGGAAAGUUGUUCGAAGUAUUGGCACUCACCAAAUAUGCUGGCGGACAGAAGACCAAGAGGACAAAAGCUUUUGGGGGAAUUGUGCUCCGAGGUAGACAGACUGCAAGGUAAUGCCUCACACUGCAGCUUACAAGAUGAGAAUGACUGUGUGGGAAACAUCUUACGGGCAGAUUUGAAGCAUCAAUCAAUGCAUUGGACGACUUAUAGUAGUGAACUCCCAUGGUUAGUUCUGGAUGUUGAGCGCUUGAUCUUUAAAGAUCUUUUAAGUGAGGUUGUGACUGGUGAGGCACUUGGUCUACAAGUGCAAUCUGCUGGGUGUUGCAGGCAAUUGUUUUCCAAGUAGUACUUUCAUAGAAACUGUUUUGAUAUGAUGAUUCAGUCUCUUCCUGUGA